GCCGCCGCGGCCAUGGCCACCCCCACCGGCAGCCCCGAGCAGCGGGACGGGCUCGGCCGGGCGCGGCGCGACGACGACGCGGCCCCCGAGGAGAAGCGCCCGCGCCUGGGGCCGGAGGGCGCCGCUGCCGAGCCGGGGGCCGGCGCCCAGACAGGUGGCGGCGCCGAUCUGCUGUCCCUGCCAUACAGCCUGGCUGAAGACCAGGACGACACUUCUGAAAAUCCAGUCCUGCUCUCUGCUGCCAACAGUGGUCCACCAGACUCGGUCCCUGCCAGCACGGCUGCCAGCAAAAUCGAGGAAACUGAUCAAAAAACUCAUGCAAGUGGAACCUACAGCUUCCUUGAUCGGGCUCAACAUUCAGAUAUCACAGCAGACUGCGACACCUGCGUGGGAGUAGAAGACAGGAAGGGUAACCAGGAAGCCGCAGCCGCCCCAGACACCAUGGCUCAGCCUUACGCCUCAGCCCAGUUUGCACCCCCCCAGAACGGAAUCCCCGCGGAGUACCCCACCCCGCACCCGCACCCCGCGGCUGAGUACCCAGGGCCCACGCCGGUGCCCGAGCUGGGCCUCUACCCCGCCACACAGGAGCCCACCGCCGACAGCGCCCAGACCGUGUCCGGCACUGCCACACAGACAGAUGAUGCAGCACCAACAGACGGCCAGCCCCAGACACAGCCUUCUGAAAACACGGAAAACAAGUCCCAGCCCAAGCGACUGCAUGUCUCCAACAUCCCCUUCCGCUUCCGGGAUCCUGACCUCCGACAAAUGUUUGGUCAAUUUGGUAAAAUCUUAGAUGUUGAAAUUAUUUUUAAUGAGCGGGGCUCAAAGGGAUUUGGUUUCGUAACUUUCGAAAAUAGUGCGGAUGCCGACAGGGCGAGGGAGAAAUUACACGGCACCGUGGUAGAGGGCCGUAAAAUCGAGGUGAACAAUGCCACCGCACGGGUAAUGACAAACAAGAAAACCGUUAACCCGUACACCAAUGGCUGGAAGUUGAAUCCAGUGGUGGGUGCAGUCUACAGUCCCGACUUCUAUGCAGGCACGGUGCUGCUGUGCCAGGCCAACCAGGAAGGAUCUUCCAUGUACACUGCCCCCAGUUCUCUUGUUUAUACUUCUGCAAUGCCCGGCUUCCCGUACCCCGCAGCCACCGCGGCGGCCGCCUACCGAGGGGCUCACCUGCGCGGCCGCGGACGCACCGUGUACAACACCUUCCGGGCCGCGGCGCCCCCGCCCCCGAUCCCGGCCUAUGGCGGCGUGGUCUACCAGGAUGGAUUUUAUGGUGCAGACAUUUAUGGUGGUUAUGCCGCUUACCGCUACGCCCAGCCCACCCCUGCCACCGCCGCCGCCUACAGUGACAGUUACGGACGAGUUUAUACUGCAGACCCCUACCCCCACACACUUGCUCCAGCCCCCACCUACAGCGUUGGUGCCAUGAACGCUUUUGCACCCUUGACUGAUGGCAAGACUAGGAGCCACGCUGAUGAUGUGGGUCUCGUUCUUUCUUCAUUGCAGGCUAGUAUAUAUCGAGGGGGAUACAACCGUUUCGCUCCAUACUAAACAACAAAAAACAAACAAAAAAAAAGAAUCCAACCAUUAAAAAAAAAAAAAACCUUCCAGUGUGGGGAGAGAGGAGCUUUCUGAGGCCUGGGUAUUGCAAUACAUCCUUUUAGCAACUCAAAUAAAAUAAACAGAGGGAAAAAAAUUCACAUUUUUAUCUUAUACCUCAGCUAUUUUGUUCUGUGUCUUUGACGAUUGUGGGUCUUUGAUUUCUGGAGGUUCUGGUGGUAGGAGCUUGUGUGGUCACUUUAGGAUCAUGGGGACGGGCCUCGGCCAUUCGGGCGGAGUGCAACCUCUAGACUCUGGGGAUUCAAGGCCACUGGGGUCACCCGCUGUGGGGGGGGGGGGGCAGAGAGGGAUGGGCUGUAGUCAUCUUUUUGUUUCCACACCGCACCUGAUUGACUUUAGUUUGUGCAAGUAAAGGGUGGGAGGGACUGGCUGGCAGACUGUGACCAGACCAGCGGCUCUCGGCUGCCCAGUGCACAUGCUGGAGCCUUCCUGGCGGCCCCCGUGCAGCCCACCCACCGACUGCACUCUUUUUUAUAUUUCUUCCGGUAGAAUAAACGACUGGUAUCAUUGCUGACUUUUAUAUUCCGGGAGGGAAAAAAAUAACGUUAAUAAAAAGGUGAUUAAAAAAAAAAAAAAACACUGUUUCUAUUUUUUCUUUUUUUCCAAAAAAAAAGAAAAAUUUAAAUUCUUUGUAACAGUUUUAAAAAAUAUAUAUACAUCUGUGCAGUGGAGUCUGUUCAGUUCUAGAAACAGUCUAGGAAGCUUCAGUGGUAGCCUAGUAGAACUGGUAGAAGAGAGACAGACGUCACCAUUUCUGUGGCAUUGCACGAUAAUCAUGUUCGGUUUCCAGAGGCGUUUUCCAAGUGUCACGGGCGUUGGCUUAGAGAUGACCACAGUGUUCUCCUCAGCCUGAUACUUGGGACACAUGAUGGUAUUUUGUAAGCAAGAUGCAAUUUUUCAGUUGGUGAGAACUGCCCUCCACUCUCCCCGGGCUUCUAUCCGUCUCUUUCAUUCUGUCUCCAAGGGCCCAGGAAACUGGUCAGAAAGCAGCAAAAAAAUAAAUGAAUAAAACUAAUCAUCAGUGGCCCCAGCCCCCUCUCCAGUAAGUCAAGUCGCAUUAGCUGGAAAAUUGCAACUUGUCUGUAUUUCUUCUGUUUGAACUUUUUCCACGUUGUCCUGUUUACAAGUUAACCUGAUUUGGGGUAUCUGUCAUGGGUCUUCCUGUUUUUGUAUUUAAAUAAACAGCAGCAAGCUGUCCCUCUCCCCACACCCCUACCCCCCACCCACCAAGUAGUUCUGCUGCCAUUGUGAACCUCCCACCCCUGGCCACCCGGGCCGCACUCCAGUAAGUUAUAACUCACCCGCUGUAACAACUCUGCUUUCAGACAAAAAAAAAAAAAAAAGACAAAAAGACAAAACUUAAAAAAAAAGUGUUUGUGAUGCAGCUAUUUCCCUCUUGUCAUCCUUUGUGCAUGCAGUAAGACCGGUUGGAUAUUUAAAAACAACAACAAAAAAAACAUCAAUAAAGUUUCACCAGAUUUGAAAAAAAACGAUCCAGUCUCUGGAGCUUUGAUGCUGAAGACAGGCCUUGUUAAUCUCCAGAGGAGAGGAAGGAGAGGGUGGCAGGGGAUGAGUAGCAGCGGGACUGUGGGGGGUGGGAGGAAGGGAAAUGGCCUGGGUGGCUGAGAGCUCCCCUCCCUCCCUGCCUGGGAAGAGGGAGGCAGCAGCAGUCUUCCUCUGGUUCCUCUGGCCUUGGUUCUCAAGAUCUGGACUUUGGUGAGAAUAUUUGGAAUCGCAGGCAGAACGUUCUUACUGUGUUGGUUCAAGUAAACUUAAUUUGCUGUUUUGAUUUUCAUCUGAUGAGCUGUACUUUCCCCCCAUGACUGUGUGUAGUUUUACGAAAAACCCUUUAGGGUGGGGGGUACCAACUGACGUUGCAGACUCUUCCGUGAGGAGUGCCCUCCAAGAUGCCAACAAGUCAUUUUCAAAUGUUAUGUCAGAUGUAAACAACACAUUUUGGAUUUUUUAAAAAAUGGUAUUUCUUUGGAAUGUUUUCAUUUAUCUAAAUAACUAGUACUAUUAUGAAUUAUGGGAAAAAAAAGAUUAGUAUGUGUGACAUAUAGUGACUUCUUAACACACACAUCAUGCAGUCUGCAAGCCCAGAAAAAUGUGUUUAUCUGUCUUUAGAAAAUAGUGUUUAUAUCACUUACAGUGGUUUGUGAAUAAAGAAAACUGGUUUGUAAUAUCAAAAAAAAUUAAUAAAAGCUUAGUCUGAAAAGGUA